UGGUGGAACUGCGGUUUUAUAAAUUUUGUCUGAAAAAUGGCCCUUUACGAUGAUUUGGACACAAAGCAAGGCCCAGAUAAAGUGGCUGGUUGGUCUUCAGGCAUAAAAUUGCUUCAAACUCAGCUACAGGUGAAGAAAGCAACGCAACCGAUUAUCCCCGUAAAGAACACAAUACGUAAACCUGUCCUGACACCGGUGGUAAAUUUAAAAGCCAAAAAAGAAACUGUUGAUCUAUUCGGACACCCAUUACUUAGCCAGUCCUCUGGGGAAAAUAAAAACAAACCUGUUACUAUUACUACCAAGUCGGUUAUUCCAAGCGCAAGUGGAUCCGGUUCCUCCGAUGCCUACAGUUGGGACGUAGUCGAUGAGUAUGAUCCACUAUGGCCAAACGAAUACGAGAAGUUGGCGAAAGAUCGGAAGCCCAAAGAGCAGGUCGUAAAGGCUCAGCAAAACAACUAUGGCAGAAACCGUCGCGAGUAUAAACGGGGUUUGAAUUUAAACAAAAUGAACUCCGGCGGGGGUGGUGGUGGCGGCAGCAGUGGUGGGGGUGGCGGACAUGGUGGCGAUGGUGGUCCAAGUGCUAAGAAAAGUGGCUUCGCUGGCCGACCGGUUUCGGAUGACGAGGAAGAGUUCCAGCCAUCCGGCCAACAAAGGGUCAGUGGUGCCGCUAUUGCUCCACCAGCGUCGCUGCAGGAAUCGAUUGCUCAAAUUCCGGAUGGGUCUAAGAUGUCACAACUUACGGCCUAUGGUGGUAGUUCGGUAGCCGCCAAGAUUAUGGCAAAAUAUGGCUUUAAAGACGGCCAAGGAUUGGGCAAACAGGAGCAGGGCAUGUCGAUGGCUUUACAGGUUGAAAAAACUUCUAAGCGAGGAGGCCGUAUAGUUCACGAGAAGGAUAUUCCAGCGUUUCCGCCGGAGACAGCUGCUACUCCACCGCAUGCGGCCGUUGCGCCGGAGACGGCAACCAAUUCGGUUGCCAAUGAACCUACGAUUACGGAGAUUAUGAAGUCGCCCAGUAAAGUGGUUUUGCUUAGAAAUAUGGUCGGGCCUGGAGAUGUUGAUGACGAGUUGGAGCCGGAGGUAAAGGAUGAAUGUAACACCAAGUACGGUGAUGUCGUAACGGUGGUUAUUCACGAAGUUCCGAACGUUGUGCCCGAGGAAGCGGUGCGUAUAUUUGUCGAGUUCAAGCGAUUGGAAAGUGCUAUCAAGGCGGUGGUUGAUCUUAAUGGUCGUUUCUUUGGUGGACGCCAAGUGCGUGCUGGUUUCUACAAUCAGGAAAAGUUCGACAACAUGGAGCUACUGUAAUUUGUCCGAGCAUGGGUUUUCGGAUAUAAGUAUUUAAGAGUGGUGUUUUAUCGGAAAAAAAUAAAAGUUUACAGACAGGCAGACAGAAAAAAGGCGGUAAGCAUAUAUUAUUAUCUUCAAAAAUGUCUUUUGCGUAGUGAUUAUUACUGACUAACCUGCAAAUUAAAUUUGAUUUAAUUAAUUAAGAGGUAAUGUGUCGAACACAUUCAGUAACAGUCCUCUCACUCGUCAUAGUGUUCCACAAGAAACGAAC